GAUGAGCAAUGUACGUACGGGACCAGGAAGUGACGUCACACCAAUCAGAAUCGAGUAUUUCGGUCACGUGGUCACGUGUGAGCCAAUCAGAAUGCAGUAUCGGCCAUUUUGUCUACGUCACAUUUUGGCUGUUUUGCGUCCGGGGGGAUCUAGACCAGGAAACGCGUCACACCAAUCAGAAUCGAGUAUUUCGGUCGGCCAUUUUGUCUACGUCACAUUUUGGGUUGGAUCAGGAAACGUGUCACACCAAUCAGAAUGCAGUAUCGGCCAUUUUGUCUACGUCACAUUUUUGGGUUGGAUCAGGAAACGCGUCACACCAAUCGGAAUGCAGUAUCGGCCAUUUUAUUUACGGCGUCACACCAAUCAGAAUGCAGUAUCGGCCAUUUUGUUUACGUCAUAUCUAGGUUUCCCGCGUUUAUUUCUGGACCAGGAAACGCAUACUGCUGAUUAGAAUUUACCGGACGCUGCUUCCUGUUGACGUGAACGGAUGUUGCUUCCUGUUCCCGCCAUUUACGUUUCCUGCUGAUUAGAAUUUACCGGAUGCUGCUUCCUGUUGACGUGACCGGACGCUGCUUCCUGUUGAUGUGAACGGAUGUUAGUUUCCUGUUAACGACCGGACGCUGUUUCCUGCUGAUUAGAAUUUACCGGAUGCUGCUUCCUGCCGAUAACCGGAUGUUGCUUCCUGUUCCCGCCAUUUACGUUUCCUGUUGACGUGACCGGAUGCUGCUUCCUGUUGACGUGACCGGACGCUGUUUCCUGCUGAUUAGAAUUUACCGGAUGUAAGUUUCCUGUUAACAUGAACGGAUGCCCGUCGAUACAUGAAUUACGAAUCUACCGCUUUAGUCAACUGAGCUAAAAGGGGCGCGCGAUUGCAGGGGCGUAGAGGGUGGCGUUAGAUACUCACAUAUGAGCUACAGCUAACCCUACCUGCUAUAGGUAUAGAGUAACAGCGUGCGAAAUUUAGUUGUUAUUAUAAUUAGAAUGGGAAGCUGCAAUCUCGCGAUAGUGUUUAUUUAUAGCAGCUAUGAUAAGACGCUUAAAGGUGUAAUAACCAUUUUAUUUUAAUUAAUAUAAUAAAUAUCUACAUAUACAAAAUGCUAGAAAUUAUGAAGCUACAAAGUUUUUUGUGUGCGCUCCGCCAUAAUACAAUCUCUACAAUAAAUCAUUAACGGCGCUGGACCAUCGAUGUGGGUGCGCUGCCAUGGUUGAUUCCAGUGUUUUGUACAUCGUAUUCGAUUCCGCAGCUCACAAUCUCUUUGAAAUACGGUUGGAAUCUUGAUCCAUAUUUUCAAUAAGUCAUUUACACUUAAACUUAACAAUUCGCUCUUCGUCUCAAUAUAAUUAGACUCCUUUUGAGCCUCUCGCCUAGCGAUGUUGUAAAGUAUUCGAUCCAUUAUCGUUCGAUAUGAGGACCGAAAUGAACAUUAGCAUCCCCGUUUUAUACCUACACCUUUAAGAUACACUGCGCAUGAUGGAUUUCUUCAAAUCCCCUCCAAAAGUACUUUUAAGAGCAGGUAUAAGAGUAAUAAGAAAGUAAAAAAUCGAUUUAUAUCGAGAUGAGUGCACAAAUACAGCAACAAUCGCAAGAUUCGUGGGGUAGCGAAGAUGAUGCAAAGUCAUCACUUUCGCUGGAUAAAUUAUCGGUGAAUGAAUCCUCGAAAGAGGAGCAAGGAAAGGAAACCUUAAUAUCUUCGUGGUCGUUAUUCUUAGACGGAGGCAUUAUUCUCGAAGUUGGCGUUACACUGGACGAGUACUUUUUCGAUUCCAUCGUGCAAAUAUCAUGUCCUCCGCAUUAUGAUGACCAGUAUUUACAAUUUGAGCGUUGCGAAUGGAAAGAAAUAUUCAAUUUUAAAACUGAACACUUAAUUAAACAUAUGGUGCAGUGUACGCCUAAAAGAAGGAGCAAGCAUGAAAUUUUUACCGAGUCCAAAAUAAUAAUACUUGAAGCGGAAGAAGAAGAAGACGGCGGAUGUAUUCGAAUAAGCGAAUCAGAUAAAUCUAUAAUAUUUUCCAAGCAAGCAAUCGAUAUGAUAUUUAUCGCUUCCGAAGUAAUUACUCAAAAAUUGGAUGUUGCCAACCACUAUGCGAUGUAUUGUCUUUAUGAUGACUUUACGCGUGAGGUUGCAAAAAUUCUACAUACCGAAGGUGUUACUAGCGAAGAGAGCAUUUUAUCGAGAGGGAAAUUGAUAUGCCAAAAUCUCAAAUUGUUAACAUCGCUAAGCAGUUGGAAGGAAAAGUAUGAUAAUUUGCAAGACUUGACUCUUCUAACAGAAAUUGUAAACAUUCACCCUCGAAAAUUUAUAAAUACGGUUGUUAGUAAAAUUAGCAUGUUAAAAUAAAUAAUUUUUUAACAUAAAAAUGCUUUUUAUUUAUUCAUAGGUAUGGAUACACAUCAACUUAUUAUCCACCUAAUGCCGCAUAUACAAUUCAAUAUGUUUAUCAAACUUUAAAAGUUUAGCUAAUACAUUAUAUAAUUGCUCCAAUACGCCUUUAUUAGCACAAUGAAUAUUGAAUAAGGAUAGAUCAAUGUCACCUGAUUGAAUUACACGACCUGUAUAUUCACUAUAUUUAUGAAAUUUAUUUCCGGUGAUAAAGUAUAGGUAUCCAUCCAUGUAUUUGAAUAUAGAAGUUAUCUUAGCCGGAAUAUCCGGAAAGGUUUCCGCAUAUAUUAAGCGAUUUUUAGGCCGAUGACUACAAUCAUCCAAAUCUAGCAGUUCAUUUGCACCAUGAUAAAUAAGCGUGCGUCCGGUAUAGGUGUUAACUGCAGCAUUCACUUUAUGGCUGUUGGGAAUUGUGAAGUGGCUAUAAGGUUGAGGCCAUCCUGGUAGCAGUUGCAGACUAGGGAAUUGCACUAUAUAUAUGCGACCGCCACUAAAGAAGACAACAUCACCGUUAGGCUUUUGAUAUACCGCUUCCAAACGUUUAAAAGAUGCCGGAAGAAACGUUAACCACUCAAGCAGAUUCUUGGCAGGUUCCACUUUGCUGCUGUUUAACGCAGAUAUCCAAACCCAAUGUUCAUAAAACAUAUAAAGUCGUUUGUUUAGAAUCAAAAAGUGUUCGAUUUGAAUGGUACACAGGUCAGGUGGUUUAAUGGUCU